AUGAGACGGGCCGCUAGGCCUUGCAAUGAGCCCCACUUGUCCGAUGAUUGUUCAACAGCAAAUAAAAAACGAAAAGUUUUAUCCAUGAAUGAAUACUUUAGUAAACGUUCAUCGAACGUACUAAUAGCAUCAUUAGAUUCUGAUUCACAAAACAACGAAAAACUUACUACUGAAUUAAUGAAUGGCAAUCAAUCUAAUAAUACUAAUUUGACUGAGACUGAAAUUGAAGAAUUACGUGAUUCAUUUAAUAAAACUACUAAUCUUCUUGCUGCUAAUGCACCAAAAUUAGAUAACAUACGAGAUGAUAAUAAUAAUGAAAAAAAACAAUCACUAUCAUCAAUAAAAGGAUUUACAAAAUCUAAUUUGGAGUCACAACAAAAUGGAAAUAGUGAUAAGAAAUUGAAAGGUUUAUGGGAAGAAGCAUCUGAUGAUGACGAAGAGGAAACAGUAGUGAAACAGAAACAAACAACAGUAUCAAAAAUAAAUAACGAUGGUAAUGAUCCGGUGCAGAGAAAAAAGAAACAAUCACUUCCAACAUCGUCGGUCUCAAGCAAAACAAAGACAACUAUUCAACCUAAAAAAGGAUCAAUAGUAACAAAAACAAAAUUAUCUCCGAAAAAGUCCAUACAGUCUUCAACAAAAAAUGUACCAGAAAAAUCUCAAGAACAAACUAAAUCGUUAUCGACAUCAGACAAACAAUCUGAACAUUUAAAACAUCAACAGACAAUAUCGACUACUGUUCGAACUAGUCUACCUCCACCUCCUCGUCCAUCACAACUUACAGCUUCAUCUUCUCAAUCUACAUUGAAAAAAUCGUCUGUUAUCGAUAACACAUCAUUGCAGUGUUUAUCAUCUCGUCGUGAACGAACUCAAAUGUAUUCAGGAAAAAAGACAAUACGUGAUCAUAUACCAAAACUUGAAAGUUUAUGUCUUGAUACAUUAAAAGAACAUAUUGAUGUUAUUUCUUCUCGUCAUUUUAAUUUGUUACCAUAUGAAUUAUUACAGCCGAUUAUUGAAUUAGCCACACCAGAACAAUUGAAAAAUAUUGUUUAUAAUAAUCAGAAUUAUGCUGAUGAUAUUGAACCGUUAUGGAAACGAUUUUGUCAAAUAGAUUUCAAAAGUUCAGAACCAGAUGAAAAUGAAUCAUAUUUUGAAUUAUAUUGGCGUAAACAUGAUGAAAAAGAAGAUCUAUUUCAAGAAGUAAAAUCAAAAUUAGCUCAAAAAUUUGCUCACCAAGAUGAUACAGCUCGUAAAACAAAGAUGGCUGAUCCCAAAAAACUUUCAAACGAAUAUGCCAGAAAAAUUCGACAUCAUCAAUCAGUGACAAAUGGUGGUGGAAGUCAAUCACAAGCGAUCAAUAAUAUUCGCAUGUGUAUAGCAGCUCCAUCAAAUAUGCGUAAUGAACGAAUGACGACGAAAAGAAAUGGACGUCCAAUGCUUCGUGAAGGUGAUACGGGCGAUUGGAUUGGAUCAUUUAUUGGACACAGAAGUGCUGUUUGGAGUGCUACAUUAACUGGUAAUGCUGAAUUUGCAGCAACAGCAUCUGCAGACUUUACUGCAAAAUUAUUUGAUGCUCUAACUGGACAAGAAUUACAAACAUAUCCACAUAAUCAUAUUGUUCGAUCUGUUGAUUUUUCGAAAGAUAAUAAAUCAUUAUUAACAGCAUCAAAUGAAAAAUUACUGAAAAUAUUUGAUAUUAAUGUACCAACUGAACCGUUAAAAAUAUUUACUGGACAUGAUGCCGCUGUUCGACGAGCUAUUUAUAUGGAUACAAAACGAAUUGUUAGUGCAUCAGAAGAUAAAACUGUCAAAAUAUGGGAUAUUGACAGUGGUGAAUGUUUAUCAACAAUUAAUUUUACAACAUCCCCGAACAGUCUUGAAGUUUCACGCGACGGACAAUCAAAUUUAAUUUUAACACAAGGCAAAAAUGUUGAAAUCUACGAUGGAAAUAGCCUACAAAAACGUCAAUCUUUUGAAAUGCCAUGUAGAGUCAAUGCCGCAUCGUUCCAUCCAUCAUCGAAGGAAUUUGUUUGUGGCGGUGAAGAUCUGUUAAUUUAUAAAUAUAAUUAUGAAACUGGAGAUUUAUUGGAAUCCUAUAAAGGACAUUUUGGUGCUAUUCAUUGUAUGGCUUAUUCUCCCGACGGUGAAUUAUAUGCCAGUGGAUCAGAAGAUGGAACAGUUCGUUUAUGGCAAAAUACUGUUGGUCGUACGUAUGGUCUUUGGCGAUGUGAAGAUACGUCCACGACGAACGGUGAUACUCCACCGGGAAAUAAUAACUCAAAUAAUGGGAAUGGAAAUGGCAAUCAUGAAGUAAAAAUGGAAAUAUAA